AUGGAGCCCGUAGCGGCCGCGGCGGCGGAGAAUGAACCCGAUAAGGGCCACACAGAGCCCAGUCCUGGCCACUGGGGGGAGCUUAGCUGGACGUCAGUUCCACCCAAGCCCCAGGAGAAGGUGGACGCCUCCUCAGAGGGAGCUCCAGAGGCCCUGGACAAGGACCCAGCCGAGGCUGAAGGUGCAGCAGUGAGCACCAUGCUGCGGGCCGUGGCCACCAGCCGCCUGCCUGUGUGCAGCCAGCAGCAGGGCGAGCCUGACCUGACGGAGCGAGAGAAGGUGGCCAUCCUGGGCCAGCUGUACCACGAGAAACCUCUGGUGUUCCUGGAGCGCUUCCACACGAGCCUCCGUGAGGAGCACCUGACCUGCUUCAGCCACUUGCGUGGAGACCACCGCGCAGACUUCUAUUGUACCAAGGUGGCCCAGCAGGGCACCGCCCGGCCCCGUGCCCUGCGCAAUCGCCGCUAUGCUGCCCUGCGUGAGCUCAUCCAAGGAGGCGAGUACUUCAGUGACGAGCAGAUGCGGUUCCGAGCCCCGCUGCUGUAUGAGCAGUACAUCGGGCAGUACCUCACCCAGGAGGAGCUCAGCGCCCGCACCCCAGCCUCCCAGCCCCCCAGGCCUGGCUCCCCCGGCACCCCCACCUGCCAACUCUCCGACCUGCUGCUGCAAUCCUACCAGGAGUGGGAGGUACAGCAGCGCCUGCUCCAACAGCAGGAAGAAGAGGCGGCCUGCGAGGAGGAGGAGGACGAGGAGGAGGACAGCGACGUGGAAGAUGAGAGCUCUGGCCAAGACUCAGAGGCCUGGGUCCCCGACUCAGAGGAAAGGCUGAUCCUGCGGGAGGAGUUCACUAGCCGGAUGCACCAGCGCUUUCUGGACGGCAAGGAUGGCGACUUUGACUACAGCACAGUGGACGACAACCCCGACUUCGACAACCUGGACAUCGUGGCACGAGAUGAGGAGGAGAGGUACUUUGACGAGGAAGAACCCGAGGACGCACCCAGCCCAGAGCCAGAUGGAGACUGA